AUGCGGUCUUUUAGACGGAAUCAGAAAAAGGGGGAGGUUCCUGGAACGGAUGAUCAACUAGAUCAUUAUUAUGAAGAUCCCCAUAUGAAUUUGACAUCGAAUGGACUGUUGAAGUCCUCGGGGAAUUCCCCUAAUUUAUACCAAAAUAUGCAAUUCACACCACCACAAGCUCAAACAAGUAGUUCCGGCGGGUCGGUAUCUUCGCCCAAGAAGCUUCUUACCCCGAUUCGGAAUCUCUUUUCAUCAUCAUCUCAUUCUAAAUCUCAUGGGAAUAUCGUCGCAAUUGGUGAUAACUUAAAUAAUGCGUUGUAUAAUUCACCUUCGCAUAGCAGCAAGCCAUCUAUCCACUCUCAUUCUAGGAAAUCGCACCGGAGAAGUACAAAUUCAAUAAGCUCACUACAUGCGAUUGAAUUUGAUUCACAUCCACCUAUUGCUCUUAAACAAUUGCAUUCACAGCCAAAUCUACAAGAAUUCAAAACAAAUGGUACGGAUUAUUCACAGAGGGACAAUGUAUUGCAUUAUCCGAACCAGAAGUUUAUUCUGAAAGCCCUACCACCACCAAUUCAACCAUAUUCUGGCUCUAAUCCGCGUCAUUCUACAAAAAUUAGUUCACAAGCAUCACUUGUUUCACAAUCUGCAUCCCUUCAUUCAGCAAGUAAUCCAUCGUCAUCAUCACAUAUAAAUUUGGAAAUGUCUCUGCGAAGUACAGAGACAGAUGGAUAUACAACAUUAAAACCGCCCAUUCAUUUGAAAUCAAAUACGACAGUUGAAAGUAUAAGUGAGUCAGCAUUCGAUAUCGACCCAAGGGAAAGUAAUAGUUUGAACGAAUCAGAUGUAUCACUCGUAAAUAGUGAGAAACAUUUCCAGACAUCCAAUAAAGUGCAAUUCCAUCCUGCAAGUGAUCUAGUUCGGGAAGAGGAAUCCCGUAGGAUCGAAUCUGGAUCUUCAGAUACAAAUUCAGGGUCUGACCCUGACUCGGACACAUCGUCUCAAUUUUCAUUUGUUAAAGAUAUGCGUCGUGGAAGAAAUACAUCUGUCAAGUACUACAAGAAGGCUAAACCUAAGGAUGAAUCUAAGAGUACUUUUGAAGAUAAUGAAAUGGGAUACGAUGAAGAGUAUUCUGAUUAUGAUUUUGAAAAUAAUGGAGAUUUCGACGACGAGGGAAGUGAAGAAGACGUUCGGUAUAAUACUGUUCUAGAUGAUGAAGCAGAGGAACUGGUAAAUAUUAACAAAACGGUAGGAGUAUCAGAUGGUGAGAAUUCCGAAAUGACCAGCCAAUAUGUCGAUGAUGAAGCAAAUGAUGAAAAUGAUCAAGAUAGCGACAUAGAAUAUGAUAGUGACUAUGUUAUGAGAAAUGAGAUUGACCCAGAAGUUAUUCACAAUGAUGACGAUGACUAUGGAUAUAAAUACGAAGAAGAGGAAGACGAAGCAGAAGAGGAGGAGGAGGAAGACGAUGACCAACAAUCUUUUCAAUUCAAGACUGGGAUUGAUAUUGAAAAUGGCGAUGAUCUACCAAAUGAGUUUAACAAAUAUGAUCAUAUCGCCAUUCGGGGUAACGACAUGGGUCUGGUCGAAUCUCACGUACUGCUUCCUGAAUCAGAUGUUAAUGCAGAUGACAUACUUGAAAGUUAUUUGGAUGCAAGUCUUCUGCCACCUACAACUAACAAGAAUGGCUCAGGAUCACGCACCAACCUAUCGAAUCUGUCACAGGAGGAGCAAAUAUGUGAAUCACGAGAAAGGACACCGAAAAUUCAAUUUGAGCAGUAUGAUUCUUCGUCGCCAUUAAUUAAUGGCUUAACAAUCGGGAAUAACUUGGGCCACCGUUUAGGUAGAGAACUUAAUAAAGCAUAUGAUAACAGAGACGGAUUAUCCAUGAAUCCUAACAAUUCAUUUAUUCACAGGAAUACAUCUAAUGAAACUGAAACAUCACGAGAUGGGGAGAGGGACAUUUUCCAUCAAAGAAUGUACAAGAGCUUUCAUGGAUCAAUAAGUGAGGAUUUCGAUCGCGUUAUCACUUCUAAAUUGGAAGACCAUGAUAACUUUACGCAAACGAGAGAAGAUGAUAAACCCGUCGACGUAGGUCUUGGAAUUAGUUCUUUACUGGACAAUAUUAGUAAGAUGGUUCCCGAGAAAAGAUUAAGCAUAUCGAGAAGUUCAGUGGCCGAUGUCUUGAAUUUGUUGAAAAAUAUGGGGACCGAAGAAGACGCAGAAAAAGAAGAGUAUGAAGGGGAAGAUGAAGUAGAUACUAAAGGAAAUUUCAAGACACUCCAGAAUAAGAGAAAUUCAAUUUUAGGCUUAAUGGCAACCUUACAGAAGGUGGAAGAAGAAUGCCCAACUAAAUUAAGUGGUAAGCAGAGAGAUUCUAUUGCAGGUAUGAUGAAUCUAUUAGGUAGCCUUGAAACUCCCGAGCAUUCUACAGCAAGUAUCGAGCAUGAUACGCAUGACAAUUCCAACCUUCUUAAAAAAGAGAAUAGGAGAUCCAUAAAUGAUAUGAUGAGUAUAUUAGCUGGUAUCAAUUUUGAUACUGAUUCAAAACCAGACCGAAAUGAUAAUGAUUCAAAGUCACGUAAGAAACUAACUAAAGUAAGCCGACUUCAAGACGCAAAUACCAAAAAAAGAUACUCGUGGUUUAAUGACGAUGAGAAUAAAAAUUUUGCUGCGAAAGGAAACAACGUUACUAAGUCAACCCAAUCAUCGGGAUUGAGAAAUGAAGUAACAGAAGAAUAUAAUAGACGUCUGUGGAACGACGAGGGAAAUUUUGUAUUCGACGAAUCUGUUAUAGAUGAAGCCAAUCAACUACCUGAAGAUUUUGAUUUUGAAGAGUAUCAAGACAAGUUGCAAACCCAAGUCAAAAGGCGUGGAGAUCCAGGAUUUUUCCGAUCCAAUUCAUAUAAUAAUAAACCAAACAAGGUUCCAGUUGACAUUAAAUUUCAAUCGAAUAAAAUUGAAACAUUGAACAAAACUGUCACCUUUUAUAGAAGUGGUAGUCCCCAACACCUUGAUAUAAAUAGAAGCAGAAGUGUUAGUAGAGCACCUUCUACAAGGUCCACGAAUUCAUUUGUAUCCACGAAUGAUGAUAAUAUAGUCAUGGAAGAAGAUGAAGAAGAUGAAUUAGCAUACAGAGAUAACUUCAUUAUUGAGGAUAGUCCUAGCCCAUAUCACAAACACAUAUCCGACAGUUCCGAAUCUGUUUCGAAGAGCAAUGCAUUGCUAGGAACAAUAUCCGAAUCUUCAUAA